UACGAUCGGUCGGCUGGGCAGCGAAAUUCAUUCGGCGCUGCAGCAGGCGUCAAGUCCUCGCCGGUCGCAAAACUUACUACAUAAUAUUAUAAUAUAUCAUACGCGUGUUCAAAACUAAAUCAUAAUAAUAAUAUAGCCCGUCGCCAUUUCGCCGCCGUCCGCGCCCGGGAAAUCGUAUAUAUAUAUAUUGUUAUAAUAAUAUGAUUGUAUUGUUAUAAUAAUAAUAUAUAAACGUUCUCGUGGUUUGACCGAAGACCGUGGUGCGAAAAUAAACUUAGGCGGACGGCGGCCGACCACUUGUGCAGCAUCGCUCGCUCCAGCUGUAAACUAUAGUGACACUUUCCGUUUCCGUUUCCGAAUUUUUAUCGAUCGCUGUUGUUUCGUGCCGUCACUCGUAUUGCCACUGCUUCAGGAGGUGCUGGCUCCGCUGGUCGUCUUCUUCGUUUACAGGUAGAGGUGCCAUCGGGCCAGAUUCAGCCAAGAUGACCUCCUGGGAUUCAUAUCUAGCAGUAGCAACGUUUCUGUCAUCACCCGAAGAAUUUAUGGGAUGGUUCGUCGGAUUCGUUUCCCUAUUCAGUACAAACCUCUUAAGACCACUGAGGCUAGCGUUAACAUCAUCUAACAAAAAUGCAACAAAGAACAGCAUGCUGUCGGUCAACGGGCCGAAGGGCACCAGACGAGAGGGCAAGAAGUUCAGACAAUACGCCGCCGCGCUGUCCACCACGAUCGGACCUUUCGCCGUGGGUACGGUGCUGGCGUGGACAUCGCCGGUGCUGCCAAUGCUGCAGUCCGAGAACUCGAGGAUCCCGAUAACGGCCGACGAGGGGUCGUGGGUGGGUUCUCUGAUCGCCAUCGGUGCCAUCAUCGGGUCCAUACCGGCCGGUAAGGGAGCGGACAUAUUCGGCAGGAAGCCCACCAUCGCCGCUCUGGCGGUGCCGUUCAUCAUCAGCUGGGCAAUGAUAUACUUCGCGACCACCGUCUGGGAACUGUACGUGGCCCGUCUGAUCGCCGGAGCCGUUAUCGGCGGAGUCACCGCCACCGUCCCGAUGUACAUCGGCGAGAUAGCCGAGAGCUCCAUCAGAGGUGAACUCGGCUCUUACAUCCAAGUAAAGGUGACGCUAGGCAUAUUGUACGUGUACGCCAUCGGUCCGUUCGUGUCUUACGAGGGGCUGGCCAUCCUGUGCGGAAUCAUACCGGUGAUCAUGUUCGUUCUGGUCCUAUUGGUGGCGCCCGAGACGCCCACGUACCUGUUGCGUGCCGGAAGGAGGAGGGAGGCGGAACAUUCGCUGGUGCUGUUGCGUGGGCACGAGUACGACAUCGCCGGUGAGCUAGAGGAGCUACAGCAGCAACUCGAGGAGGAGCAGAAUCGAAGCAGCAAGUUCAAGGAUCUAAUAUCAUCCAGGGCCACGGUCCGCGCGUCAAUCGCCGUCAUGGGGCUGCUCAGCUUCCUGUCGUUUUCGGGCAUCAACGUGCUCAUAUUCUACGCCGAGUCCAUAUUCAAGAGCAGCAGCAGCAGCAUAUCUCCACAAGUCAGCUCCAUCAUCAUUGGAGUCCUCCAAGUCAAGUUCACGUUCGCGUCCGCACUGUUGGUGGACAAGGCCGGCCGGCGCGUGCUGUUGCUCAUCUCCGACUCGGUGAUGGCCGUGUGCCUGGGUUGCCUGGGAUACUUCUUCUGGCAAUCGGAGCAUGGCGUCGACGUGUCCGCUUUCAGCCUGAUACCGUUGAUCAGCCUUGGCGUGUACAUCAGUACGUUCUCGCUGGGCUUCGGGCCCAUCCCGGGAGUCAUGAUGGGCGAGCUGUUCAGCCCGGACGUCAAGGGCCUGGCGCUGGGCAUCGUGUGCGUGAUCGCGUCACUGCUCGAGUUCGUCGUCGUCAAGAUGUACCAGAACUUGUUGGACUGGUUCGACCACGGCAUCACGUUCUGGAUAUUCGCCGGGUUCUGCGUGCUGGGAACCGUGUUCGUGUGGUUCCUGGUGCCGGAGACCAAGAACAAGACGCUGCAGGAGAUCCAAAACGAGCUCAGUGGCAAGAAGAAGUCGAACAACCGGAAGGACAACCCGAAGGGCAGCAAGAAGCAUCACAUGAUGGAUUCGCUGACCGGCGACCAGACGCACGCCGCGAUCGUCUGAACACAAAUCAAAAAUAAAAUGCACAACACCGUCGCGCACUCGCACACGCACACACGUGGUAUAACUUCGUUAUAUACGGCAUGAGUGACAUGAAUAAUAAUGUACAAUAAAAUUGUGUGAGUGGGUGUGUGGUGCGUGUGCGGGUGUGCGAUAGAGUUUGACGAACUGGGUGGGCGGGGUUUUGAGGAAAACGAUAUUUUUUACAAUUUUUUAACCCCACACAUUUUUUUUUAUUUUUAUCAAAAAACUGUUUGAAUAUCAAAUACACUGAGAAAAAAAAACGUUUUCUUGUUUUAAAAAUGCAUUUGUGAUUUAUUAAUUUUUUUUUUGUUUUUUGUUUUUAUUUUCGAAUCAAGUGACUCGUUUUGCCAAUAUAUUCUUCACAUAUUGAGGAUAUUAUAUACACUGUUAUAUAUGUUUUCGAGUAUUUAUAUACACACGCACAUAUAUAUAUAUAUAUAUAGGUACCGACCUAUGUAUUUCAUUUUUUUUAUUUAUCGUAACAUUUACACUGUCUGUUGAUAUAACAUAAUAAUAAUAUAUUGCAUUCCAUUUUAUUGUCAACUCUCGAAAGGACGCAAGUACCCCAUUAAAAUAUAUACAUAGUAUAUUAUAUUCACUCCAACGAGAAUUUUGGGAUUUUUAAUUUUUGUGACACUUUUACACGCAAAUCAUAUAUUUCAUUUAUUUUCUAACGUUGUUUUAUCCCAAUAAAUUGUUUUCUUCUGAAACGAACGCCAUUUGUUUAUAAUUGGCGAUGCUUGGCCCUAAGCCACGUAGUUAAAAUAGACCAUCGUUCUUUGUAUUUGGUAUAGGUACGUGUAAAACACGCGUUAAUCUUAGCAACACAAUACGUUUCCAGUUCUGUUUAUAUAUAUAUAUUAUAUAUUAUAAUAAAAGAUUUCGCUCAAAUUUUCGUGUCCGGUCGGUGGUUGUAGCAUAGAAUCUCACGCGACGCGCAUGUGACAAUAAUAUCGAUUGAAAUUUAAAGUAUAGAAUGUCCUGGGAGAUUUCUUGGGGUUUUUCUCUUUCCAUCAGACGAACGAUUUAAAAUCAAUUUUUUUUUAUGCAGACAAUAAAA